AAGCCGUUCUUCUUGAUGUAGACGUUCCUCGAGCAGUCGUUGGUGCUGAAGGCGUGGUGGAAGGCACGGACCUGGGCGAGAGAAGGUGGGCACGUUGCAGAGGAUGUCGGUGCGCAGGGCCUCCUCGGCCAGGCAGCGGGCGGCCAGGCUGCGCCACACCUCGCUGUUCUCGUCGCCGUGCAGGACGCGGUGCCACAGCUUGCAGACCAGCGCGCAGCUCCGCAGCUCCCGCAGCUCCAGGGGUGUCCCUGAAGCAUGGCAGUUAAGUGGGACGGUGGGCAUUCCUCCUCUGUCCUGUGCCUGAACGCGAGCGCGGAAGGGCUGGUGGCCUCCGGCGCGGAGCGGGGCGAGCUGGCGCUCUGGGAUGGGGGAGGCUCGCCCGUGGCUCAGCUGCGGCUCCCGCAGGCGGAGGACGUGACCUCGGUGGUGUUCUCCGCCCGCCGGCCCAGCACGCUGUACACCUCCCACGGAGAAACCAUCAGCGUGCUGGAUGUCCGCUCCCUCCAGGAGCCCCUGCAGCGCUUCCACGUGAACGAGGAGGAGAUCAACUGCCUCUCGGUGAACGACACCGACAGCUUCCUGGCUGCGGCGGAUGACUCGGGGGCCAUAAAGGUUGUGGACUUGGAAAGCAAGAAAGUCAGCCGGUCCUUGAGACACUCCAACAUCUGCUCGUCUGUUGCCUUCCGACCUCAGCGGCCUCAAAGCCUGGUUUCUUGUGGACUGGACAUGCAGGUGAUGCUGUGGAACCUGCAGAAGGUUCGUCCCUUGUGGACCACGAACCUGCAGGAGUGUGACAUGCAGGAAGAGAGCCCACAGUCAGCCGGGCAGUUCUUCAACCCGCCGCUCGCACAUUCCCUGUCCGUCGCCUCUUGCGGCAACGUCUUCGGCUGCGGAGCUCAGGACGGUAAAGUCCGAAUAUUCCGAGUCACCGGUGCCAGGUUUGAACGUGAGCUGGAGUUCCAGGCUCACAGCUUGGGAGUCUCGCAGGUGCUCUUUAUGCCUGAGGCAUACCAGUUGUUGUCUGGAGGAAACGAUGGGAAAGUCUUGCUCUGGGAUGUCAGCAGCAACGUUGGGAAGCAGCAAAAAAGUCCAGCAAAAUCUCUGCACAGGAAGAAGGCCCAAGCAGCUGCUUCCAGCAGGAAAGAUGGGAAGCUCAACAAAGCAGCCUCAAAUGAACACCCUGGAGUUGUGCCAAAGCUCAGCAUUGAGCACGGAGAGAAGGUGAACUGGCUCUCGUGCACAGAGAUCAAGGGCUCCAGGAGAGUGUUGGUUGCUGACCAGACCAGCUCGGUAUCAGCCUAUCCGUUGCCAGAACCUUAAGGCACCCAGGUGCUUACAGAAGUCUGGGGAAUAAAACCACUUCUCAGAGCCAGUUACAUCCACUGACAGUGAACUGGACAGUGAACCCCUCUGGGUCCCUGGGAAGGGAAAGGGAUUUGCUGUGCACUCGUGAUGUCCCUGGCCUCGUGCUGGUUCCUUGUGGCUGUUAUGUUCACAGCCACUCUCUCUUGCAGGGUUGGCAGUUUGCUGCUUGGAUUUAAGUAAAACGGGUCUCUAUAUUUAGGGGUAACAUUAGUUCCUGGCUAAGCUGACGUAAUUAAGGCUGGAGGAGAAAAUUAGUGCUCAGGAGACACCCACAAUGCUAAGUGAGGCUGCUGAACAGUAGCAGGGCUGUCAUUGGCUCAGCCCUAUGUGGUUUGGGCUGCUGCAGUGCCCUGUGUGACUUCUCCCAUGAAGCUGUGUCCCAGUUGGCUUGAACUGGUCAUGGUGGAAUCUGGUUUUCAUCACUCUAUCAGCAGCUGCAUAGACUAGAUGCAUCAGUUAACGAGUAAUCAAAUUAGUUUCCCUGUGGUUGCCAACUGAUUUUUUCACUGCAGCAAAAGAAGGAGCAGAGGAACUGUUACACCUGUUUGCUGGGUCAGCUGUCAGUUGUGUAUCCCAGGGAAAAAGAACUAUUACACUUGGCUUAAUAAAUGCUUUCUCUCUCACUG